AUGGAUGGGAUUCCGUAUGCUUCGGAUGUUGGGUCCAUCAUGUAUGCUAUGGUAUGUACUCGUCCCGAUGUUAGUUUUGCUCUUAGCGUGGUGGGCAGAUACCAGGCUGAUCCAGGGGAGAGUCACUGGACAGCUAUUAAGAAUAUCCUUAAGUACUUGAGAAGGACUAAGGAUAUGUUCCUGGUUUAUGGAGGUGAGGAUGAGCUCGUUGUAAAGAGUUACACCGAUGCUAGUUUCCAAACAGAUAGGGAUGAUAGUCGAUCGCAAUCUGGGUUUGUGUUCAUUCUGAAUGGAGGAGCGGUGAGCUGGAGGAGCUCCAAGCAAGAUACGGUAGCUGAUUCUACAACAGAGGUCGGGUACAUUGCGGCUUCUAAAGCUACAAAAGAAGGUGUUUGGGUGAAGAAUUUUAUUUCUGAUCUUGGUGUGGUUGAGGGCGCGUCUAAUCCAUUGGACCUCUAUUGUGAUAAUAGUGGUGCCAUUGCGCAAGUCAAGGAACCACGGAACCAUCAUAAAACCCAACACAUACUCAGGUGUUUUAACCUUAUUCGGGACAUUGUCGAAAGAGGUGAUAUAAAGAUAUGCAAGGUACACAUGGAUGCAAAUGUUCCUGAUCCAUUGACGAAGCCUCUCCCACGUCCGAAGCAUGAGGCGCACAUGAACUCCAUAGGCAUACGAUGCCUAAAUGAUUGACUCUAGUGCAAGUGGGAGACUGUUGGAGAUAUGCCCUAG